ACGAUUCAUAAUACAACUCUAAUUUCCUAACUCAGAUUACUAAAAAAAUAAAGCAAGGAUUACAAAAAAAGAAAAAGAAAAAAACAAAUACAUAGUACAAAUUAUGUUAAUUAAAGUCUUUGCUUACGUCGUUAUAUAUAAUCCCAAGCAUAAUAAAAGUAGUCAUGCAAUAUAUCUGAAUAGACAAGGCGGAAAGAAAUGCAUCCAGCAGCAACCAGAGGCGGAGGCGCGGAUGGCUCCGCCGCCAAAGGCGACGGCGACACCCUCGAGUCCGGCGGCUACCACCGCGAGAACUACCAGCAGAAGUUCUCCGGCGUGGCUCUUAGAAUAACGCUGAUUUUUGUGGUGGUGGGCGUAACCGCCCUUCUUCUCAAUCAAUCUAGCUAUCCUUUCGAGUUCUUUCGCAGCUCUAAUUCAUUUUCAAUUCCAUCCUGUGAGAAUAUUGCCAACGCUUCGUCUUCUUCUUCGGCAAAAGAGGAGAACAUCGAGUUGGAGAAGACGCUGAGAGAGGCGACGAUGAAGGAUAACAAGACUGUGAUAAUCACGACUCUGAACAAGGCGUGGACGGAACCGAAUUCCAUUUUCGAUCUAUUUUUGGAGAGCUUCAGGAUCGGAAACGGAACGGCGCACCUCUUGGAUCACGUGGUGGUCGGCGCGUUUGACAAGACGGCGUACGAGCGUUGCAAGGCGGAGGGCCUCCACUGCUACGCCCUGACCACGGAGGGCGUCGACUUCUCCGGCGAAGAGGUCUUCAUGAGCGAGGAUUAUCUGAAGAUGAUGUGGCGGAGGAUUGAUUUUCUGCGCACUGUUCUGGAAUUGGGAUACGACUUCGUCUUCACGGAUGCAGAUGUGAUGUGGUUUCGAGACCCAUUCACGAAAUUCUACCCGGAUGGGGAUUUCCAGAUCGCGUGCGACCACUACUGGGCCAACUACACCGACAUGGGCAACUCCCCCAACGGAGGCUUCAACUACGUGAAAUCCAGCAAGCGCACCAUCCAGCUCUACGACUUCUGGUACAACGGGCGCCGGUAUUUCCCCGGGAAGCACGACCAGGACGUGCUCAACAUGAUCAAGUUCAACCCCUUCAUCCGCGAGAUCGGGCUGGAGGCGCGCUUCCUCGACACCGCCUUCUUCGGCGGCUUCUGCGAGCCCAGCAAGGAUCUCGACCAGGUCAUCACCAUGCACGCCAACUGCUGCAUCGGCAUCCAAAACAAGAUGCAUGAUCUCACCAUGCUCAUUCAUGACUGGAAGAGGUAUGUCGCUGAUGAUAAGAAUUUCACUACUAGAUCUUGGACUGUUCCCAGAUUUUGUGGCUAGCUAGAGAAACUCUCUCUCUCCCUCUCUCUCUCUCUCUACAUGCGCUUAGUGAGAUGGUGAUGAAACUGUGCAGUAUAAGGGGCAUGUUAUUUUAUUGUAAAGGAAUUGAAUAAACGGGUUAAUUAUUUUUUA